AUGAACACAAUCGCGGCAUCAUCAGUGAUGAACGACCAGGAAUCUGAAAAGAAUUCCAGGGUAGACCAUAGCCCCUCGCGAUUCACGGCAGUGAAUGGGAGAGAAGCUCCUGCGGCAGUUACCACUUUUGGUGGCAGUUCUAUCGACGGAGACGGUCGUGAUUCCAUUGAAGCCUGGUCUCAUGGUGGGUACGACCCGUCUACUCGCCAGGAAGAAAGAUCAAAGGAGAAUGGGGAACCCGGUAACGAUAUAGAUGAACAACAGUCACAGCGUUCGACAUCCGACGGCGCUUCUAAUUCUACAAACCACACUAAACGGAAGAGAUCGGAAACAGACGAGCAAGACGACGAUCUCCAUGCACCACAUCGCGCUCCGAGAAGUCCUAUCCAGCCCACAGAUGGCCCCACAGAACAUCACUCACAACCAGGCGCCCCCAAUGGGAUUAUGGGGUCCCAAAAUGAGACCGAGUCCAAGCACACAACCCCUCAAGGUCACACCAGGCUAGAUGAGGGUGAAAACAACCGGAAGCUCUCCACGAAUACUAGCUGGCAUGAAUAUGAUUCUCAACUUUUAAACCAAUCACAGCGGACGCAGCAAAUUGACGCUUCGGACGCCCAACUAGCGGAGGCACUUCAACGCGAUGCGCAAGGGCCCGAUAUCACUCAAAAGACCUGGGAUAGCGUCAAUCGUCCUGUCGAGAGGGCUAUAUCAAACGAACAGACGGCCGCACCUUUUCCCCAAGAUCGUCCACAGAACCCCGUGCAAAUUGCACCCAAGAGGAAGCGCGUCUUCAGCAAUAGAACUAAGACAGGUUGCAUGACUUGCCGAAGGCGGAAAAAAAAAUGCGAUGAACAACAUCCAGCCUGCAACAAUUGUAUUAGAGGUGGCUUCAUCUGCGAAGGAUAUUCGUCUCGAAGCACGUGGCAGAAGCCAUCCACAACGAAAACACCGAUCCCACUACAAUCAAAGGAUGGUUAUCCGGAUAUUGGUGGACAGUAUGUACAUGACAUCAACCAGCACGAUCGGCAGCAAAGCCUAGUAGAACCACUAGAACCGGGGAAAAUAAGGCCCAUAAUUGUUGAUGAUGAAGCCCGCCCCACAGCGCAGUUCAACACUACCAGUCCCACGGGGGUUGGUCCUAGCCGGAGCUCAUGGUCAAAGCGAACUUGGCCAAGUGCAAGCCACCCCAGUUAUAUUACAGAUUCCCUGCCAAAAUCUGAUUUUCGAGAAGUACCUUCGAUCCACGAAUUGUCUCGUGAAGGACACGCCAAGAAUGAUUAUCAACUCGUUCCGCCGAUUAGGGAGCUUGCACAUAGUGGGCAUACGAAAACUAAUGUCCCACUCUUUCAAGGUGGAAUCGACCAGCGACCAGCACAGACUAGUAAUAUUGAUACCAGCACCCCCCAAGCUCAAGCCCGAAUGGCGUUGAACAUUGAACACCAAUUGUCUGGCCGUGCUGUCUCUAACGAGGAAACAGAAAAGGAUAAAAUGUUACGCGGCGACCUUUACAGGCCUUUCGAUGUUCUCCUCGUGGAGGAAAGGGACCGUUGUAGAACUGCACUUUGGCGAUUCAAUAAUGCCUGCAAUCCUGUUUCAGGGCUCAGCGCCAAGGAACAAAACCGUUUACUGAAGGAAAUCUUGGUCCCUCACCCGUGUAUCAACUCAUCUGGUGUUACAUCACCACGGCCUGCAGGCUCUAUUGGUCAAGGUGCUGUGGUAGAAGCACCUUUCCAUUGUCAUUACGGAUACAAUAUUCAUGUUGGCGAAGACGUGAUGGUAUCUGAGAGCUGCCUCUUUGUCGAUGAUUUACCCGUUAGUAUCGGCGCACACACGUGGAUUGGCCCAAGAGUGACGGUUCUCACGACAAUGGCUCAUGCAAAUAUGCAGGAAAGGAAAGGCUCGCAAAGCCGCUACCAAGGCCGACCUGUUACAAUCGAAGAAGAUUGUUAUGUCGGUGCUGGUUGUACAAUUUAUCCUGGUGUCCGUCUGCGGCGUGGAGCGUACGUUGCUCCCGGUGAGGUUGUGAAGUCUGAUAUUGUUGCCUAUGGUUUCCAGGGCUUAAAACCAAGCUAUAUGUAA